AUGUCGCCAGAAACGUUGCAAAAAGCGCCGAGUCUAACAUUUUCUUUCUUCAAUGAGAUCUUUUUUCUUCUUUCUUUGCUUGGUUUCUUUAUUUCCUUUCUUUUUUCUUCAUUUUUCUUUCGUCUUUCGUUGCUUUCUAUCUAUCUAUCUAUCUAUCUAUCUAUCUAUCUAUCUAUCUAUCUAUCUAUGCAGCGUUCUGAAAGCUUCCUCUUUUCAUUUUUUAUUCUCUUCAUUUCACUACUUUCUCAUUUUCGUUCCUUCUUUCUUUCUUUCUUUCUUUCUUUCUUUCUUUCUUUCUUUCUUAAAGUUUCCACUCUCCUUUUUUUAGUAUUCUCUUCAUUUUUCUUUCUUUCUUUCUUUCUUUCUUUCUUUCUUUCUUUCUUAAAGCUUCCACUCUCCUUUUUUAGCAUUCUCUUCAUUUUUCUUUCUUUCUUUAUUUAUUUCUUAAUGCUUCCACUGUCCUUUUUUAGCAUUCUCUUCAUUUUUCUUUCUUUCUUUCUUUCUUUCUUUCUUUCUUUCUUUCUUACUGCAAAUAUCCACUUUUCUUUUUUUUUCUCUUCAUUUUACUACUUUCUCAUUUUUCUUUCAUUCUUUCUCUCUUUUUCAUGUUUUUUCUUUGUUUCUUUCUUUCUUUCAAUUCUGCUUUCUGAAAGCUUCCACUUAAUUUUUUUCUCUUCAUCUAACUACUUUCUCAUUUUGGCUUCUUUCUUUCUUUCUUUCUUUCUUUCUUUCUUUCUUUCUUUGUCUUUGUUCCCUCUCUUUGUCUUCUUCUCAUUUUCUUUCUUUCUUUCUUUCUUUCUUUCUUUCUUUCUUUCUUUGCCUUUGUUCCCUCUAUUUGUCUUCUUCUCAUUUUCUUUCUUUCUUUUUUCUUUCUUUGCUUUGUUCCCUCUCUUUGUCUUCUUCUCAUUUAUCUUUCUUUCUUUCAUUCUUUCUUUCUUUCUUUCUUUCUUUCUUUCUUUCUUUCUUUCUUUCUUAAUAUGCACUUUUCUUUUUUAUUCUCUUCAUUUCACUACUUUCUCAUUUUCGUUCUUUCUUUCUUUCUUUCUUUCUUUCUUUCUUUCUUUCUUUCUUUCUUUCUUAAAGCUUCCACUCUCCUUUUUUAACAUUCUCUUCAUUUUCUUUCUUUCUUUCUUUCUUUCUUUCUUUCUUUCUUUCUUUCUUUCUUUCUUAAAGCUUCCACUGUCCUUUUUUAGCAUUCUCUUCAUUUUUCUUUCUUUCUUUCUUUCUUUUUUCUUUCUUUCUUUCUUUCUUUUUUUCUUUCUUUCUUUCUUUCUUAAAGCUUCCACUCUCCUUUUUUUAGUAUUCUCUUCAUUUUUCUUUGUUUCUUUCUUUCUUUGUUUCUUUCUUUCUUUCUUUCUUUCUUUCUUUCUUUCUUUCUUAAAGCUUCCACUCUCCUUUUUUAGUAUUCUCUUCAUUUUUCUUUCUUUCUUUCUUUCUUUCUUUCUUUCUUUCUUUGUCUUUGUUCCCUCUCUUUGUCUUCUUCUCAUUUUCUUUCUUUCUUUCUUUCUUUCUUUCUUUCUUUCUUUCUUUCUUUCUUUCUUUGUCUUUGUUCCCUCUCUUUGUCUUCUUCUCAUUUUCUUUCUUUCUUUCUUUCUUUCUUUCUUUCUUUCUUUCUUUCUUUCUUUUUCUUUGUCUUUUUCCCUCUUUUGUCUUCUUCUCAUUUUCUUUUCUUUCUUUCUUUCUUUCUUUCUUUCUUUCUUUCUUUCUUUCUUUUUUUUCUUUGCCAUUGUUCCCUCUCUUUGUCUUCUUCUCAUUUUCUUUCUUUCUUUCUUUCUUUCUUUCUUUCUUUCUUUCUUUCUUUCUUUCUUUGUCUUUGUUCCCUCUCUUUGUCUUCUUCUCAUUUUCUUUCAUUAUUCUCUUCAUCUAACUACUUUCUCAUUUUGGCUUCUUUCUUUCUUUCUUUCUUUCUUUCUUUCUUUCUUUCUUUCUUUGACUUUGUUCCCUCUCUUUGUCUUCUUCUCAUUUUCUUUCUUUCUUUCUUUCUUUCUUUCUUUCUUUCUUUGCCUUUGUUCCCUCUCUUUGUCUUCUUCUCAUUUUCUUUCUUUCUUUUUUCUUUCUUUGCUUUCAUUCUCUUCAUUUUUCUUUCUUUCUUUCUUUCUUUCUUUCUUUCUUUCUUUCUUUCUUUCUUUCUUUCUUUCUUUCUUUGUCUUUGUUCCCUCUCUUUGUCUUCUUCUCAUUUUCUUUCUUUCUUUCUUUCUUUCUUUCUUUGUCUUUGUUCCCUCUCUUUGUCUUCUUCUCAUUUUCUUUCUUUCUUUCUUUCUUUCUUUCUUUGUCUUUGUUCCCUCUCUUUGUCUUCUUCUCAUUUUCUUUCUUUCUUUCUUUUUUCUUUCUUUGCCUUUGUUCCCUCUCUUUGUCUUCUCAUUUUCUUUCUUUCUUUCUUUCUUUCUUUCUUUCUUUCUUUCUUUCUUUCUUUCUUUCUUUCUUUGUCUUUGUUCCCUCUCUUUGUCUUCUUCUAAUUUUCUUUCAUUAUUUGCCUUUGUACCCUCUCUUUGUCUUCUUCUCAUUAUCUUUCUUUCUUUCUUUUUUCUUUCUUUGCCUUUGUUCCCUCUCUUUGUCUUCUUCUCAUUUUCUUUCUUUCUUUCUUUUUUUUCUUUCUUUCUUUCUUUCUUUCUUUCUUUCUUUCUUUCUUUCUUUGUCUUUGUUCCCUCUCUUUGUCUUCUUAUCAUUUUCUUUCUUUCUUUCUUUCUUUCUUUCUUUCUUUCUUUCUUUCUUUCUUUCUUUGUCUUUGUUCCCUCUCUUUGUCUUCUUCUCAUUUUCUUUCAUUCUUUGCCUUUGUUCCCUCUCUUUGUCUUCUUCUCAUUAUCUUACUUUCUUUCUUUCUUUUUUCUUUCUGUGCCUUUGUUCCCUCUCUUUGUCUUCUUCUCAUUUUUCUUUCUUUCUUUCUUUCUUUCUUUCUUUCUUUCUUUCUUUCUUUCUUAA